GGCGCGAGCGCGGGGAUGGAGGACGGCGUGGCCGGGCCCCGGCUUGGGGCGGCAGCGGAGGCGGCCGAGGCGCGGGCGCGGCCCGGGGUGACGCUGCGGCCCUUCGCGCCCUUCUCCGGGGCGGCCGAGGCCGACGAGGGCGGCGGCGACUGGAGCUUCAUCGACUGCGAGAUGGAGGAGGUGGACCUGCAGGACCUGCCCAGCGCCACUAUCGCCUGCCACCUAGACCCGCGCGUGUUCGUGGACGGCCUGUGCCGGGCCAAAUUUGAAUCCCUCUUUAGGACAUAUGACAAGGACAUCACCUUUCAGUAUUUUAAGAGCUUCAAACGUGUCCGAAUAAACUUCAGCAACCCUUUGUCUGCAGCUGAUGCCAGACUGCAGCUGCAUAAGACUGAGUUCCUUGGGAAGGAAAUGAAGUUGUAUUUUGCUCAGACUUUACACAUAGGAAGCUCACACCUGGCUCCGCCCAAUCCAGACAAGCAGUUCCUGAUCUCGCCUCCUGCCUCUCCGCCGGUUGGUUGGAAACAAGUGGAAGAUGCUACUCCAGUCAUAAAUUAUGAUCUUUUAUAUGCUAUCUCCAAGCUUGGGCCAGGAGAGAAGUACGAGCUGCACGCAGCGACCGACACCACCCCCAGUGUGGUGGUCCACGUCUGUGAGAGCGAUCAAGAGAACGAGGAAGAGGAGGAGAUGGAGAGGAUGAAGAGACCCAAACCAAAAAUCAUCCAGACAAGAAGGCCAGAGUACACACCUAUCCACCUGAGCUGAACUGGCGCCGGGCGAAGAAGCAUUCUCAGUCAUACUCACGGGAGGAAUCUUUUACUGUGGAAGUGGCCGGUCACAACUUGGGAGGUGGCAGCCGUGACCGCUAUGGCAGAAAUCCAGUUCAUGUUGCUCAGAAGAGAAUCAAGGCUUCGUCUCCUUGUUCUGAUGCUGCACCUCAGUCCACGUCCAUGGCACCCAGGAAUGUCUUGGGCCAAUCACUGAGUUUGUUGUGAUCGCACAAGGACAUUUGGGGACAUCUUGAGAAAACCAAUAAUGAUAGUGUCUUGUACUUGUUCUUUUCUGGUAGGUUCUGUUUUCGCCUAGGGCAGGUUGAUCAGUGGGUCCAGGGAGCGCUUUCCGCUUCUAGCCAGUGUACAGGGUACAAUCCCAACUGGUAGGAGGAGGCCUCACGCAAAGCCACCAAGCGUCUAGUGCAGAAAGGUUGUGAAAACAACCGCAACGCCAUGUGGAAUUGUAGCGUCUCAUUUCUUCCCUCAUGUUCGAAUGUCUGUGCAUGUUUAUUACUGAUUUUCAAGACUAACCUUUGUUUGUGUAUGAAGUUACGCAUUGUUGUUUCACAUCCUUUGGGAAGUAGGAAAGCAUUGGGAAACUGUCACCUUCCAGAUCUUCAGCUCUUUGCAUCCACAUGUGGAAGUGCACCUGGAAGACCGUCUCUCGGCAUCCUGUCCAGUGUAGCACGUGACUUGUGCUCCUGCAAAAGACGCUGAUCUGAAUUCCUACGUAGAGUAGCUUAUACAAUUCAGAGAAUAGCAGUUUCACUGCCAAUUUUUAGCAGGUGAGAAAUUUUAGUUUAGGUGUUUGGGUUGGAUAUCAGUCUCCAUUGUUUCUUUAUGUAAUGGUUUCUAGACAAGAAUCAUAACCAAAGGUCGCUUUGGGAACUAUUGGUUGAGAUAGUUGGUUUUUCACCCCACUGAAACAUCCAGAUAAACGUGUAAAUAGAGCUGACAGCAUAUAUCCAUACCUGUUGUACUCUUGGGUGAAGAAACGUGACAGUGGAAGGAUAGUGUAAGCUGUAUUAACCUACCUGUGAAUCGUAUGUUGUAGAAAAGCCGUCCACGUGUUUAAUGGGAUGAACUCAAAGCAUGUAAAGUGAGUAGUAGAUGUGUGUUGAUAUGAGAGGGAUGCAGUGCCUUUCCCCAUAAUUCCUGAUGGAAUUGUUACACUAGGUGAACAUUUGUAAUUUUUUUCUAGUUGUAAUGUGUAUGUCUGGUAAAUAGGUAUUAUAUUUUGGCCUUACAAUACCAUAACAGUCUGUCAUUCUGAAAUACCUAAUGCCAAGUAACAGUGCAUGCUUUGGAAAUUUGGAAGAUGGUUUUCUUUGGGAAGCAAAUAGGUUUGCAUUAACUUCUUGGAUUGUUCAUAACAAGAAAUCGAUUGAAUGUUCUCAAAACCCUGUUUACAGUGCUUGGUAGGAGGGCACCGGUUAGGGAGAGACCAUUGCAUAGCUGUUCAAGUGUUUCUAGUUAAGUGCUUUUAAACUGGAGAGGCUAACCUCAAAAUAUUUUUUUUAACUGCAUUCUAUAAUAAAUCGGCACAAUAUGCUCUUUCCGGAAA